GACGGGGGUGAUGUGGUCACAGGAGCGGGUGUGAGUGAGCAGACGUGCGGCGGAGUUCUGGAUGUACUGGAGUUUAUUGAGGAUUUUGGAUGGUGAGCCGUAAAGGAUGCUAUUGCAGUAAUCGAGUCUGGAAGUGAUGAACGAGUGGAUCAGAAUCUCGGCAGUGGAGGAGGAGAGUGAUGGACGGAGGCGUGCAAUGUUUUUGAGAUGGAAGAAUGCAGUCCUGGUGAUGUUAUUGACGUGACGUUCGAAGAUUAUCAUCUUUAAAGAAACAUGGAUGACAUCCGGAAACAUAAAAAACUUCGGCGGCCUAAACAGAAGCCUGCUCGUCUCGCUACCCUCCAGUUGCCCUGUUGGCCAGAGCUAGGACUGAAGCUUCCUGCCCUGCUGUUCUCAGACAGGAAGCUGCUGUUAUCAGACAGGAAGCUGCUGUUCUCAGACAGGAAGGUGCUGUUCCCAGAAGUUCACAACCCCCUCCAGCCUGCUCAAUGCCCAGAGCCCCACCGCAAGAGCAAGGCUGCCAGAAAGGGUGCAGGAGCUGAGAAGGAUACAGGGGCCAACAAAGGGCCCCUGGCAGAGUCCUGGAGGGUUGUGGAAGAAGCUGGAGCGGCUUAUCGUUCAGCCCUGGCUGACGAGCUGGCAGGACUAGGCAUGGUGGUGACUGGUGGUGCAUGUGCGAAGAUGCAUCCCAUCCCCCGGACCAACUACUGUGUUCUUCCAGCAAUCGAAAGUUCCUCUCGCCCGGUGGAACCAAUCAGAGCAUCGGCCUCUGAAAGAGUCGGGCCCCUGGGCUGCAGAGCCACACCAGAUGGAAGGGAGAGUGCGUACUCCUCUCCACCUCCGUCUCCGCCUCCGUCUCCGCCUCCGUCUCCACCUCUAACCCCAUGCCAACUUGAGGCGCAGUCUCCAGGUUGUUCUCCAACCUUGAAUGACCCCGUGACCCGGGAGACCACGCCCAGUCUUCUGUCAUCGGAGACCGGGGACGAGCUUUCUGUGUUGGAGGCCAUGAUGUCACACCCUCAUUGGAAAAUCAUCAACAGGGUCCUGUUAAAAAAGAACAAGAGUGUAGCUGAGCUGCAGGAGCGCUCGGAGGAGGUCAUGGAGUGGGUUCUUAAGGUGACCCACAGGGUGGUCCUGCCUGCCAUGGCCCGGGUCCUCCACAUCAGCAAAGACCAAGAUGGCCGCCCGCUGUCCGCCGCCAUCUCUUACAGCAGCUGGGACUCCCAGAGUGACAGGUCCUCUUCCGCAGGGUUGCUGUCCCCAGCCAGGCCUUUCACUGGCUCUCUGACUGGGAUGGUAUGUUUCAACCCUGCUGAUUCUCCCCAGGACCAGGCCUCUUGUCUGGGCUCCACCCAGCCCUACGUCCCCCAGGGCAUUCUGAGAAUGAUCUCAGAGAGGUUCCACCCUCUGCUGAUAGGAGGGCAGGGAUCCAGGCCCCAGAGCAGGCCGCGGGGUUGCAGGCCUCCGAUGUCAUGGACAUCACCGACCCUCUGCUCCCUGAAGGAGAGCCUCUCUGGAAUCCUGGCCCGCCACGCCCUGUUCCACAGCCCGGGCGUGGUCCCCACGGAGGAGAAGCUGGAGCUGGUGAGGAUGGUGGGGGGCUUCCUCCAGGAGAUGGAGCCCACAGAAGGACGCUGUUCCCUGGACCAGCCCCAAGAGGCCUACGAGGCCUCCCUGGUCCAGAGUGUGGCCACGGCCUGCAACGUGAUCCACAACGUCCUGAAGAACUUCCACGCAGCCCAGCAGCUGAUUGGGCAAGUGGAGGUGGCAGACUUCCUGCAGCCUGGAAGUAAGACCUUCACCAUGGUGGUGGAGUGUGUUAGCCAGAGCCUGCUAGGAGAUGUUGCCGUGGAGCUGGAUGCCCUGUGGAGGAGGAGGAGCUCGGGGGCCAGCAACAGCAACGGGAGGAGCAGCAGGAAUAAGGAAUACCUCCCUUUUGACACCCAGCAGGAGCGACCAGUGGAGUGCAGCCGUGCUAGCAAGGAGGAGCAGGAGGAGGAGGAUCCUCAGAAGAAGGAGGAGACCGCCCCUCCCUCCUCCAGGAGCACUAGUGCCAGGAGCGAUGCUAGCAGUGCUGCCAGCUACCAAGACCUCAGCUUCACCGCUGAAAACAUGCUGGACAUCAUCAUGCGGAUGGCCUACUUGGCCUCCAGUUCCUCCCCUGACGACGACGACAAACGCGACGAAGCCUCGUCCGUCAAAUCGUUCGACCAAGAGGAGUACGACAUGGAACGCCUGCUGGCAUCCCACAGCAUGUGCACCAGGAUGUUCCAGGGGAGGAUCCACCACUUCUCCAAGCAGUUGGUUGAGUGGAUUUAUCAGCUUCUCCUGGACACCCGGAUGGGACGACUCCCCUCGACACCCCAUUGCCGCUCCGAGCCCAACUUCCAGAACCUGGAGGACGAGGAACGUCUGGACCAGGAGUUCUUCACCCCUCUGCUGUACUAUUUUUUCCAGAUGGCCUUCAAGGGCCUGAUGGGGAACCUGCUGGGCGAAGAAGACGUCACGGACGACCACCGUGCCGACUCCUGCAGCGAUGCGUCCUCAGACGGCAGUGACAGCAACAGUGACAGCAGCAGUGACAGUGACUGUCCCUCCCUGGACUGGUCCAGUGGGAUGACCCGUGGGAGUCAAGGGGUUGAGGGUAGAAGGAGAUCGCAGAGCAGGUUGAAGCCCUCCUGCAGCCAGGACCAGAGGUGGGCGCUGGAGGCCAUUUGUGAGGUGUUGACUACCCAGGCUGGAAGUGACCUUUACAAGACCUGCAACGACCCACAAGAAAACAUGGUUGUUGUCCGCAAAGGCCUUGAUGCUAAAGCCAUGGCCAGGGUCGGUAACCUAGCCAGCUCCUCCUCUGAAGACCAGGAAGUGACAACAGGAAGUCUCGAUCCAGAGUCAGGUCUCACCAACCAGGAAGUAGGACAGCCUGAGAUGGAUGACAACGAAAACGCUGACUACUCUGAUGAUUUCCACGAAGAGGAAGACGGGUCAGAUUGCCAGAUGAAUGACUUUUCCAAGGGUGCAUUGAUCGAGGAAGAGGAGAAGGAUGAAGAUGAUGGAGCUGCAGGCCUCCCUGAGGAGGUCCAGGAUCAUCCCUCCCUACCCGUGAGCCCCUCUGAGACCCCCUCCCUCCAGCCCGGGGAGGUUCUGAUCCAGGAGAAGGUCCUGAUGCCCCCCCAGCCCAGCGCCCUGCACCACCAGACCCUGCAUGACCUGCUGCACAGGCUUGUGGGACGCCUGGCCCUCCAGGGGCCCCUUCGUUCCUGCUUCACCCCCACCAACUCGGAGAUAGAGGCUGUCCUCCUCCAAGACGUGAGCUGGUUUCUCUGGAACCAGGCCGGGAUCGGCCUCGUCCUGGAGCAUGAACCCCAGAACCCGCUCUUCGGUGGAGCCGACGCCCUGGACGCCAUGUUUGAGGCGACUUAUGCUGAGCUGAUGCUCUGUUCCGAUAGCAACAGGGCCCAGGUCCACUCCGCCCUCCAGGGAGGGGCAGGCAUCGUCGGCAUGGCCGAGAACGUCGCCACGGUGAUCUGCCGUCACGCCGAGUUUUGGGGCCCUUCGGCCGUGUCGGGUGAGAGUCAUGAUUUGGAAACAGGUUGUGAGGAGAAGGAGAGCACAGAGGACUCUGCUGGCUUGGUAAAGGCCGGUGGAAGUUCCAGCCCCUUCAUAAGCAACACAAGCUUCGAUGAAGGACUUGAAAUGGACACUGCUGGCUUGGAAAAGGCCUGUAGAAAUUCCAGCCCCUUCAUCACAAACACGAGCUUGGAUGAAGGACUUGAGAUGGACUCUGCUGCCUUAGAAAAGGCUGGUGGAAGUUCCAGCCCCUUCUUAAGCAACACAAGCUUGGAAGAAGGACUUGAGAUGGAGUCUGCUGGCUUGGAAAAGGCCAGCAGACUCGCCUCCUGCCUCACAUCCUCCUCCACUUCCUGGUCCUGCUACUCCUCUUCUUCCACCUCUGUUCACUCCUCUCCUUCGUCCUCCAAAUCCUCCACCAGCUCCUCCACCUCCAGGGGCUCCACGGCUCAGGCCCCUAGCCCAGAGGGACAUAAUUUGGGAAAGACCGACACCCCCAUCCUCCGGAAAUGGUUCGCACUGAAGAAAGAGAAGACUUUCCUUAAGAAUGGACAGAAUGUGGCUGCCAAGGGAAGAAAGACAAGCAUAUUUUCCAAGACAAACAAAGUUUCUCCCCUUAGCGCUGAAGGUCCAGACCUUGGUGAGUCCUCCAUUGCUGGAGGAGAGGAGAAAAAGAAGAAGAAGAAGAAAAAGUCCUUCAAAGAUUUCUUCCGGGGGAUCUCUGCGGCUCUCUCCGGGGCUUUCUGCUUCGGCUGCGUGAAGGAUAUUCACCAGUAGAGGGCGCCACCUGCAGAGUCAACUGGCUGGCAGAGAGAGAGAACCUGUCACUAUGGCAACAACUGUAGCUACUUCCCUCUUCUUCAGAACUGUGCAACCAAUUU